AUGUCAGAUGAACUAAACUCAUUAUCAAAUCCUAUUGCUGGAAAUCAAGCUUUGCUUGAAAAUCAAUCUGAAAAUGAAACAAGAGAUCUGGCUGUAUGUGUUGAAGGUGCAUGGAAAAAUUAUGGUUACUGGUGGAAAUCUAUGACAGCUUUACGUGAUGUUACUCUUCAUGUACCAACGGGAAAUAUAUAUGGUUUAUUAGGUCCAUCUGGAUGUGGUAAAACAACUUUAUUAAGAUGUAUUGUUGGUCGUUUACAAUUAAAUCGUGGUGAAGUUACUGUACUUGGUCAACGACCUGGUAGUCGUGGCCAUGAAGUACCUGGACGAGCUGUUGGUUUUAUGCCACAAGAAACCGCACUUUAUAAAGAUUUUUCAAUAUCUGAAAUGCUUCAUUAUUUUGGUCAUCUUCAUGAUAUGAAUAGAAAAGAUAUUUUAUCACGAGAAAAAUUUCUUCUUUCAUUUCUUGAUUUACCUUCGCGUUCAAAAAAAAUCUGUCAAUUAAGUGGUGGUCAACAACGUCGUGUAUCUUUAGCAUGUGCAUUAUUACAACAACCACAAUUAUUACUUCUCGAUGAACCAACUGUUGGAGUUGAUCCACUUCUUAGAGAAAAAAUUUGGAGUCAUCUUAUUCAUAUAUCACAAACAAGUCGAACAACAAUUAUUAUAACAACUCAUUAUAUUGAAGAAGCAAGAAAAGCUAAUCGAGUUGGUCUUAUGCGAAGUGGUCGAAUGUUAGCUGAAGAUGAACCAUCACGCUUAUUAACUAUAUAUAACCAAACGAGCUUAGAAAAUGUAUUUCUUCAUUUAUGUCUUGAAGAUCAAAAUCGUCUUCAACCAAAUCUCAUGAACAGUACUAAUGAAAAUGAUCAGACUAAUACUACUGUCUCUAUUAAUAACCAAGAUAUACCUCCUCCUGAUGUAAUCAAUGGUGAAACCCCUCAUUCACAAAUCAGAAGAAAAGAACUAGUAAAAAAUCCGGUACUACGCGCAAAACGUGCUGCAGUUGAUUGUUGUAUUUGUCCUAAAGCACAUAAAAUUUAUGCAUCAAUGGUAAAAGAUUUAACAAUGAUUAAAAGGAGUAUUGGCUUUUUAAUUUUUCAAUUUUUUAUACCUGUUGUACAAAUUUCUCUUUUCUGUCUUUGUAUUGGUCGCGAUCCUCAACAUGUUCCUAUGGCACUUUUUAAUAGUGAAGCAAUAAAUGGGUUUCCAACAGGAAAUUUAAGUUUAGAACUUUUAAAUAAAAUAAAUUCUGAACAAGUUCAUUUUACACCAUUCAAUGAUUUUACUAAUGCUAUGGAUGCAGUUAAACAAGGUCAUUAUUGGGGUGUUGCUGUUUUUAGAUAUAAUUUUUCACAAGCAAUUAUAAAUAAAUUAAUCUUUGCAAAAACAGAUCCAGCAACUUUAAAUGCAUCAUCUAUUCAUCUUUAUCUUGAUAUGACGAAUCAACAAGUAUCAUUUGUAAUGCAAAAUGUCAUAUUAACUAGCACUCAAUUAUUUUUAAAAGAUGUUUUAUCACAUCAUAAAGUUGACCCAGCAUUAGCUGAUCCUCCAGUUAUAGUGGAAAUCCCAGUUUAUGGAGCAAAAGGUCAAAAAUUUCUAAAUUUUGCUGCACCAGGAAUGAUGAUAUCGAUAAUAUUUUUCUUGGCAAUUGGUUUAACAGCACUAAUAUUUGUAGUUGAAAAAAAAGAAGGUCUUUUGGAACGAAGUUGGAUUGCUGGUGUUACAACUGUUGAAGUUAUGCUUGCUCAUAUAAUUGUCAAAUUUUUUAUACAAUUUAUUCAAAUUAUUUUAAUGAUUAUUUUUGCUGAUGUUAUUUUUCAAGUAAAAAUUGAAGGACCUGUUAUAUUAGCAAUGGCAUUAAUAUUUCUUCAAGGUAUUUGCGGAAUGAGUUAUGGUUUAUUAAUAUCUGCAAUGUGUGAACAAGAAGUUGAAGUAAUGGAAGUAGCAUUAGGAAGUGUUUUUCCAAUAUUACUUAGUUCAGGUGUUAUAUGGCCAGCAGAAGGAAUGCCGCCGAUAAUGCGAUUUCUUAGUAAUUUUACACCACUUACACACGUCGUGGAAGCUAUGCGGUGUAUUGUUUCUCGAGCAUGGACAUUGGUUUAUUUUAAAGUAUGGUUUGGAUUUGUCAUCUCUGGUGCAUGGACGUGUGGCUUUUUUACUUUAGCUGCUAUACUCUUUGCUCUUCGUAAAUAA